GCGCAGCCAUCUUGAGCCUCUAGCAAGCAACAGACAGAGAAAGGCAGAAAAAGGAGUAAAAUAUAACAGACUAACCUGACAAAACAGGGGUAUGUCCGCUGGAAUCAAGUGUAUAUGAAACAGUAAAGGUCAGAUAGUGUGGAACGACCAGGGGACAGUAACGGACACGGUAAAGCAGCCAUCUAAGUGCCUCCGAUACCCGGACCUACAAGUCAUCUUUUUUGCCGGAGUGGGAAGGAGUCGAGUCGCCGACAGAAAAACACGUCCAGAGUAAAACCAUGAAUCCCGAAUAUGACUAUCUGUUCAAGCUCCUGCUCAUAGGAGACUCUGGAGUAGGAAAGUCCUGUCUUCUGCUGCGCUUUGCUGAUGACACAUACACAGAGAGCUACAUCAGCACCAUCGGAGUGGACUUUAAGAUCCGCACCAUUGAACUGGAUGGCAAGACCAUCAAACUGCAGAUUUGGGACACUGCAGGUCAGGAGAGGUUUCGUACCAUCACCUCCAGUUACUACCGCGGGGCCCAUGGCAUCAUAGUUGUAUAUGAUGUGACAGAUCAGGAGUCCUACAACAAUGUCAAGCAGUGGCUUCAGGAAAUUGACCGCUACGCCAGUGAAAAUGUCAACAAGCUUCUGGUGGGCAACAAGUGUGACCUGACCACCAAAAAAGUAGUGGACUACACAACAGCCAAGGAGUUUGCUGACUCUUUGGCCAUCCCCUUCCUGGAGACGAGCGCCAAGAAUGCCACCAACGUAGAGCAGGCUUUCAUGACCAUGGCCGCAGAGAUCAAGAAACGCAUGGGCCCCGGGGCCACAGCCGGCGGCGACAAGCCCAACUUAAAAAUCGAGAGCACCCCUGUUAGGCAGUCUGGAGGGGGCUGCUGUUAAAGGACCCCUCGCUCCCAUCACCACGAUCAUCACCUCCACACCUCCACCAUCUCCACUGAAAUCUCCCUUUCAUCUCCUUCUGUGUUCCCGUCCCAUCAUCUCUGCCACGCCCACACCCCACCAUUCCUCCAAAACACCCUGUAACCCACACCCAACUCCCUGACUCCCCCUCUAUAAGCUGACCUGGAGAUCCAGGGAUGGUUGGCCAAACAGAGGUGUAAACUGUUAGUGUUAAGAUCAGAAAACAGAUUGAUUCAGACCUGUACGCCCACCAAACAACAGAGAGGAGAGCAAGCAGUCUGUGGCGGGGGGGACAGAACAGACACCAAGGCAACUUUUCCUUUCUUCAGAAAGGAAACACACACGGGGGAAGAUUAGUAUUGAUUUAGAGUGGAAUGGAGGCAGUGGAAGCUUAUCUCAACACACACACACUGUAAUGGGACGGAGGGGUUACAGAGAUUUAAGCCUUUUGGCCAAACACUUUUAUCCUCAGGCUGUCUGCUUUGGCUGAUUCCAUCUUAUGGCCACCCUCCAUCUCACCCCAGCCCAAACUUUUCAUCCCUAGAAUUAUUAACCUGCGCGUGCGCGCACACACACACACACACACACACA